AUGGCAGCAAAGGAUAGUAUAGUUACAAUUGAGGAAGGAACUCAUUAUGGUAAUCAAGAAGAAAGGGAUGAACAUUCUGAAGGCGGUCAAACCUUCUGUACUUCUUCUGCAGUUGUUGUAAUCAUUCAAAAGAUGAUUGCUGAGACAAUUGGAACAUAUUUCUUGAUAUUUAUUGGGUGUGGUUCAGUGGCAGUGAAUAAAAUAUAUGGUUCAAUAACAUUCCUAGGGGUGAGUGUGGCUUGGGGUUUGGUCAUCAUGGUUAUGAUCUAUUCAGUUGGCCAUAUUUCUGGUGCCCAUUUUAACCCUGCUGUCACCAUUACCUUUGCCCUUUUUCGCCAGUUCCCGUGGAUUCAGGUGCCCUUGUACAUGUUUGCACAAUUGGGUGGUUCAAUUGUUGCAAGCGGGACUUUGUACUUCUUGCUUGAAGUGACACCAAAGGCUUUCUUUGGAACCAUUCCUGUUGGUUCUGACGUUCAAUCUUUCGUCAUAGAAUUCAUUAUGUCCUUUCUUCUCAUGUUUGUCAUUUCCGGCGUCGCUACCGAUAAUAGGGCGAUUGGAGAGCUUGCAGGAAUUGCUAUUGGAAUGACAGUACUUAUAUGUGUUCUUGUUGCAGGGCCAGUUUCAGGGGCAUCAAUGAACCCAGCAAGGACACUUGGACCUGCCAUAGUGAUGCAUGAGUACAAGAGCAUAUGGGUUUACAUGGUUGGCCCUAUGAUGGGAACCAUAUCUGGGGGCUUCACCUACAACCUCAUCAGAUUCACAGAAAAGCCCCUUAAAGAGCUCACCAAAAGUGGAUCAAUCCUCAACAGCCUCUCAAGAAGGCAAACUUCCACUCACUAG